CUUCAAUGUGAAACCCCAAGCCAGGGGUGGGGGAUCCUAGGGGGGGCACAGGCCAAAUACAGCCUCCUGCGGCGCGCGAUUGCUUCCCCCUCGCUGGGAUUUACCCUCCGCGCGGCGGCGGCGGCAGCAGCCAUGAACUCCGCGGAGCAGACCGUUACAUGGCUGAUCACCCUGGGCGUGCUGGAGUCGCCCAAAAAGACCAUCUCGGACCCCGAGGGGUUUUUGCAAUCGUCUCUGAAAGACGGGGUCGUGCUGUGCCGGCUGCUGGACCGCCUGCUCCCGGGCACCAUAGAUAAAGUUUAUCCGGAGCCCCGGACCGAGAGCGAGUGUCUGAGCAACAUCCGCGAGUUCCUGCGCGGCUGCGGCGCCUCCCUCCGCCUGGAGACUUUUGAUGCAAAUGAUCUGUAUCAGGGACAGAACUUCAGCAAGGUUCUCAGCUCCCUAGUUGCUCUAAAUAAAGUAACUGCAGACAUUGGGCUAGGAAGUGAUUCCGUAUGUGCACGGCCCUCAUCUCAUCGGAUAAAAUCUUUUGAUUCCCUUGGAUCCCAGUCUUUGCACAGUAGAACUUCAAAACUCUUUCAGGGACAGUAUCGAAGUUUGGACAUGACCGAUAACAGCAAUCAUCAGCUGGUGGUGAGAGCAAAAUUCAGUUUUCAACAGACCAAUGAAGAUGAACUUUCUUUUGCAAAAGGAGACAUUAUUCAUGUCACGAGAGUGGAAGAAGGAGGCUGGUGGGAAGGGACUCACAAUGGCAAAACAGGAUGGUUUCCUAGUAACUAUGUCCGAGAAAUAAAAUCAAAUGAAAAACCAGUCUCCCCCAAAUCAGGAACACUGAAGAGUCCUCCCAAAGGUUUUGAUACGUCUGCAAUUAGCAAAAGCUAUUACAAUGUGGUGCUACAAAAUAUUUUAGAAACAGAAAAUGAAUAUGCUAAAGAACUACAGACAAUGCUUUCAAACUACUUGCGACCGUUACAAGUCAGUGAAAAAUUAAACUCUGCAAAUACUUCAUAUUUAAUGGGAAACCUGGAAGAAAUCAGUUCUUACCAGCAAAUGCUUGUACAGUCAUUAGAAGAAUGCACCAAGUUGCCUGAAGCUCAGCAAAGGGUCGGAGGAUGCUUUCUAAAUUUAAUGCCACAAAUGAAAAACUUAUACCUUGCAUACUGUGCCAACCACCCGUCAGCAGUAAAUGUUCUCACAGAACACAGUGAGGAACUAGGAGAAUUUAUGGAAAUGAAAGGUGCCAACAGCCCUGGGAUCCUUGUAUUGACCACUGGCCUCAGCAAACCUUUCAUGCGCCUGGAUAAAUACCCCACGUUACUCAAAGAGCUUGAAAGGCACAUGGAGGAUUAUCAUCCCGAUCGACCAGAAAUUCAGAAAUCUAUGACAGCCUUCAAAAACCUUUCCGCACAAUGUCAAGAAGUACGGAAAAGAAAAGAACUUGAACUCCAAAUACUGACAGAAGCUAUCCGCUGCUGGGAGGGAGAGGACAUUAAAACACUGGGCAAUGUAAUUUACAUGUCCCAGGUCAUGAUUCAGUGUGCUGGAAGUGAGGAAAAGAAUGAAAGAUAUCUUCUUCUCUUCCCUAAUAUUUUGCUUAUGUUGUCUGCCAGCCCUAGGAUGAGUGGCUUUAUCUAUCAGGGAAAACUGCCAAUGACCGGAAUGACCAUCACAAAGCUAGAAGACAGUGAAAAUCACAAAAAUGCAUUUGAAAUAGCAGGAAAUAUGAUUGAGCGGAUAUUAGUAUCAUGUAACAACCAACAAGAUUUGCAUGAAUGGGUGGAUCAUCUGCAGAAGCAAACCAAAGUUACAACUGUUGGGAAUCCCACUAUUAAACCUCAUUCUGUGCCAUCUCACACCCUUCCUUCUCAUCCAGUAACACCAUCCAGCAAACAUUCAGACAGCAAACCAAUACCACUGACUCCUGCAUACCACACGCUUCCACAUCUUUCACAUCAUGGGACUCCACAUACCACUAUAAACUGGGGACCUCUGGAACCUCCUAAAACUCCCAAACCUUGGAGCUUGAGCUGUUUACGACCUGCACCUCCACUACGGCCUUCAGCAGCUCUCUGUUAUAAAGAGAGGCUGUCUUGUAUUCUGAAGGAUCUCAGUAAAAGCCCUAAAACCAUGAAAAAGCUGCUUCCCAAGCGUAAGCCUGAACGGAAGCCAUCAGACGAAGAGUUUGCACUGAGAAAAAGUACAGCUGCAUUGGAAGAAGAUGCUCAGAUUCUUAAGGUCAUUGAAGCGUACUGCACAAGUGCCAAAACGCGCCAAACACUAAAUUCAAGUUCCCGUAAAGAGUCUGCUCCCCAAGUAUUGCUUCCAGAGGAAGAGAAAAUUAUUGUAGAAGAAACAAAAAGCAAUGGUCAGACUGUGAUCGAAGAAAAAAGCCUUGUUGACACAGUAUAUGCAUUAAAGGAUGAAGUACAGGAAUUAAGACAGACUCUAAUGGAUAGAACUGUCUACGUCAGACCUGUGCACUUACUUAAAGCCAUAGUUGCCCUUCUGCUACCACUUCCUAGGAGGGCCUGGUGCAAUUUAUCUGGUCUCCUAGUCAGACACAUUUUCACUGGAGCUGUUAAAAAUGUAACCAACACACAGAACCAGUUCUAUUUGAGAAGUCCCAACUGUUGUUCUCUGCUGCUGCACAUCUGCAUUCCUUAAUGUACAGGUGGGUAAAAAGCCAUUAAAUUAGCCCCUUUUCCCUAUAUGUAAAUUAGUCAAGUGAUCUUCGCUUCCAGAGCUAGAGACUAUUAGAUAAAAUCUCCCUUCUGGUGUACCACAAAACAGGUUUUUAACCUAGCUGAUUCAAUUAUAUACAUAUAAAUAUGAAUCUGCAUUCUCUGUCUCUCUCAAAAUUUUUGUUCCAGAACAAAUGAAAUAGUCACAUACCAUAUGCCCCCAUAAAUAUCACAAUUGCUGUGUAAAAUAAAAUGGGGGUGUGUGUGUGUUGAUUUCAACAUAUAAAGAAUGCCUAUCCCAGGCUCUAGGUACCUUUGAUGGACCAUUAAAGAUACAAUUAAAUUAAGACAAAAACAUCAAAAGUAAACUCUGCAUCUUCACCUGAUGUCACCCCUGUACCCCAGGCCUCUCCAAAUAGAUGGACUUUUUAGGUAGUCUAAUGGUUAACAAAUCUGGCCUAUUUCUGAGUAAUGGGGGAGUGAAUUCCAAAGUCAAGGGGCCCACAUGGAAAACACCCUGCUAAUGUUUUCCUCUCUCACACACCAUGGGAGUUCCCUUGAAGGCCCCUACUGUGGCAAUGUCACUUAGGGAGAGGGGUGAUCUCUAAGCUAGGCAAGUCCCAGGCAACAUAGGGCUUUGUACUAGGUAGGAAUCAAGAAUUUAAACUUCAUCUGGAAACCCACAGGCAGCCAAUGUGGAUUCCAGACCACAGGUUUCAUGUACUCAUGGUGAGGUAUACCACUUAAGAAGUGGGUGCCACCCUCCUUACCACCUUCGGUUUCUAAGCUAUUUCAGAUCAUAGCACCAAGUAGAGCAUACUACUUAUAGUCCAAUCUUGAAGUGACAAAAGAUAGAAGUGUGGUCUGUGUCUGAGAGAAAAGAUUUCACUCCCAACCUGAUGCAGAUGGGGAAAAAAAGCAGUUACUGCUCACUGCCACUAUAUAAUCAUCUGAAAGAUGCUGAGAAUAUAGUGAGAUGUCCAGAUUGCAAAUCUGAAUGACAAACAGCAGAUACGCACCAUCAUUCUUGGGGGCUUUAAUGUAAUCCUUGUUGUAUCCUCUGGUUGCUUCCCCCAGCCCCUACCAAUAUCAGUCUCCACUGGGUUGAAUAAUGUAAGCAUUAGCGUUGUUCAGUUGGUAGCACCCUUACUUAUGGCCCCAAAGGUUGUGGGUUGAAGUUUCAAACACAGGGUAAAAUGUUGGGACUUGGACUCACAAUCAAGUGGUGAAACUGCAAUUAGAGGAGCUGUCUUUCAGAUAAUACCUCAGUCCUCUUUGUUUGACUGAUGGUUGUCUAGCUGGAAGUGAAGUCACAGAGCAUGUGUCAGAAAGAAUAAUAGUUAAUAUCAGUGUCCUGACCAAUAAAGCAAUUUAGAUUUCCCAGUAAAGCAAAUUAAAGCUUGUGUGUGCUCUACAGUAGUGUUUAGGUUUGUGAAACUUAUUUCAGUGUGUAUUUCAGUGUAAAGAAGUUUGAAAUACCAGAAGGCAUAAGUGGUUCUUACAAGUUUUUUCAUUCUAAUUCUUUUAUUUCAUUCUCUUUCUAUUUUAUUACAAAUAUAUUCCUUAGUAGUUAUUUAUGUGCUUAAACUCUCUCAAGGGACUUGAAAACUAUUUUCCAUUUGUGACUUGUUUCCAAUAACAACUAUGUAUGAGAGAGAGAAGCAUUUUAGUUUCCAUUAGGCAUUUCUGUUUCACUGUACCAAGUAAUUGUGUAAGUAACUUUUGAAUAUUGAAUAAGUAUAACACAAAAUAGCUGCAUCAGGCAGCAAAAUCUGUAACAGACUUUUAUUUAAAAGAACCCUCACUGCCCUUCAAUUAGCAGCAUGCAUUUUGGUGAGGAAAGAUCAGUUUGCUGUUGAAAAAAGUUACCAUAAACUAUUUGUCCUCUGUU